GGGAAAAACCUUUAGUGCGCUAAUUUUCAGUCCUGGUGUGUGUUAGUGUGUGUAAGUGUGUGUUAGUGAGUGUUAGUGAGUGUAAGUGUGUGUUAGUGUGUGUUAGUGAGUGUUAGUGAGUGUAAGUGUGUGUUAGUGAGUGUUAGUGUGUGUUAGUGAGUGUUAGUGAGUGUAAGUGUGUGUUAGUGAGUGUAAGUGUGUGUUAGUGAGUGUAAGUGUGUGUUAGUGUGUGUUAGUGUGUUAAACCCUGGAGUACUGAGACUUUAAUACAGUGUAAAGCAGUGUGUUCUCUCUCUGCGCGCGCUCUCGGGGUGUCUGAAGGAAACCGGACCGAAUUCCACAUGGAUCUGUAGUGAAGGUGUCCCGGGUCUGGAAGAUGGCGGAUAAAGGCUCGCUUCUGACCUCCGUCAUUAUUUUCUACCUGUCCAUCGGAGCGACUGUGUUUCAUCUGCUGGAGGAACCGAACUGGAGAACCGCGGUCCAGAAGUACCAACAGGAUAAAGCUCGGAUCCUCCAAACACACCCGUGUCUCACCAAAGACGACCUAGACACCAUCAUCGAGACGGUGGCCACAGCAGCAGGUCAGGGUGUCACCAUCACUGGAGACAAACCCUACAACCCAUGGAUAUGGCAGAACGCCGUCAUCUUCGCUGCCACUAUCAUCACCACCAUCGGUUACGGUCAAGUUGCUCCGAAGACGGCGGGUGGGCGUGUCUUCUGCAUCGUGUUCGGUUUAUGUGGAAUUCCGCUGUGUCUCACAUGGAUCAGUGAACUUGGAACGUUCUUUGGCAGCAGAGCCAAACGUCUGAGUCAGACUCUACUGCAUCGACGAUUCACUGUGAAAAAGGUACAGUUUAUCUGCACUACGUUGUUCCUGUUGUGGGGUUUGCUGUUCCACCUGCUCAUCCCUCCGCUCAUCUUCAUGUGUGUGGAGAACUGGACGUAUCUGGAGGGGCUUUACUUCUGCUUCAUCACGCUCACCACCGUGGGCUUUGGAGACUACGUAGCAGGUGUGAACACGCAGCUGAACUACAAGGCUCCGUACCGGUUCUGUGUGGAGUUAUGGAUCUACAUGGGCCUGGCGUGGCUUUCUCUGUUCUUCAGCUGGAACGUCAACAUGGUGGUGGAGGCCCACAAAGUCCUGAAGAAACGCAGAGAGAUGCGUCACAAGCUUUCUGCUGCUCAGCUGGAGCAGAUGCACAAAGCACCACUGCCUCACGCACCCAGCAUCGUGGACAUCUUCAAGUUCAUGUCGGAGAAAGGUGAGGACUAUAGCGACGUGAUCCGAGCCAUUGGCACGGCCGAGAAGAAGAAGAAGCAGCAAGAGGAGGAGCUCACGCGCUCCAAGAGCUGCAGCGAACUCCUCAAACAGGUGCUGAUCCCGCUGGAACAGUCACCACGCCAGAAACGCAGAUUCAGCAUCGGAGACAAUGUCUACAUGGUCAUCUCCAGAGCCAGAGGUUCCACCGGAGAUCUGGAGUGCGGAUCCCUUCAGGAGGAACUAAGCCAAGAUCCAGAUCUGGGCAAGCAGAAGUGUUCAGAAAAGGAAGUUCUAAGGAGAGCAGGAAGUUUAGAGUGGGACUCAAGAUACGUUUCCCGGAGAUCCUUUCAGAUCCCCAGCUUCAGCUUUAGCUUCGAUACAGAAGACUCAGGAACCCAGGAAGGAGCCUCAAGGUUCUCGGUGACCAGAGUGAAUGAGAAUUUAUUAGAGAAUGGAGAAGGACCAGGGUGAGGAGCAGAGACCUCCUUCAAUAUCCUUCACUGCUUACAGUGCACAGUUAGGCUAAUUCAGUGAGAACUUUUAUUUAAGUGGAGACCCUGACAAGAACCUGGUGAAAACCUGAUUUGGAACACAGCCCUGUUAUUAGUUAGGUAAUGAAUGACUGAUUCUUGUAAAACUGCUGUAAGUGUGUGUGUGUGUGUGUGUGUGUGUGUUUCCUGCGUGACUUGUUUCAGAUGAGUGAUAAACUGGAAAUAAAUGUCUUUUUCUAUAUCCUUUAAAAUAAAAUCUCCUGAGAUGUACACA